AUGUCAGUCAACUGGCAGAGCAAAGCAAGGGACAGCGAGCGCCAGUCGGAAGAAGCCUGGCUCAGUGAUCUCGCUGAUUUAUUCUCCAACGCCCAAUCGAGAUACAGCGAUAUAAGCUGGAAACAGGACGGCGGUGAGGAUGAACUGGUGUAUGCGCAUAAGGCAAUCUUAUACGCCCGUGCCCCAAGCCAAUUCUUGAGCAAGUAUCUACCACGGCUUGGAGGCGUUGCAAACGAAUUUUCAAAUAACACGACCAUCUCUCCAUCUCCAUCUCCAUCUCCAUCUCCGUCGCCAAAUCCAGCGUGCAACACACUCACUCUCCCACAAUCAACAUCCCCUGCUAUCCUCUCAUCUGCACUCAAAUUCCUAUACACGGCAGACGAUGGAGACAGCUUUGAUUUUUUAUUCGACCAGCCACUCGUCGAUACACAAAGCACCGACGAACGUCGGCAGAAGAUGCGCUUUGAUUUGGUGUACAUGUGGAGAUCCACUCUCUUUUCAGACGUCAAGAUUAUACUCGUUGGUGAUGAUCGCGACCAGGCUACGGACGCACACGCUCACACAGACACUGACACUGACGAACAAGACAAUGACGAAAUAGACGCAACCUUCUCUGCCCAUAGAGCCAUCCUCGCCUCGCGGUCUACUUACUUUGCCAACAUUCUCUCCACCAGCAGUGGCUUUUUCGAAUCCGUUCAAAACGCAAACGCGGACGCACGAGCACCGCGCACAAUUACUCUCCACCAACCACCAUUUACCCCUGCUUCUCUCCAUUUUGCGUUGGGUUAUCUUUACGCUGGAACGGUCGUUUUUUCCAAUCGCACCCUCGACCUCGGUACUGCUUUCGAGGUGUACGAUGCGGCCGAAUAUCUCGAUGUCCAGCCACUCAAGGAGCAGAUUGUAGCCAGGAUAGCCGAGAUGGCCAGCUACUUUAGGUUUGCGCACAAAACACCCAACUACCGACAAUGUCUCUCUCGUAUACCCCGCAUCCUCGCCUUUGCAGUGAGAGAAACGACGAACGAGCCCGAUUUGGAAGCUUCAGCUAUCCAAGUAUGCACCAAAGCCUUCGGAGAUAUGUGGAACAGGGAUGUAGCGGAGCUGCCUCUUGUGACGCGUCGAAAGUUAGUGCAGGGUGUCAACGAGGGUGUUGGGGCUUUGACGCUGAUUAGCACAAUGCGUGGCGUGGCUUGUGCCAGAGAGCGUCUUGCUAAUGAGAUGCGUUAUAGCGGAUGGGUGAAUGAGUUGCACAGCAUGCUUGACGCAGUCGAUGCUCAGAUCAAGUGCGUGCUGAGCGAACAUCUCGCCGGCGUUCUCGACUCACCGUCGUUCUGGGACCUCGUCCGCGGCGUCGGCUUCUCUACUGACUCGUUCGAUCACUUGCUCGAACUUAUUGUGGAGAUACUCAACGACGAUAAUUGCGCCUUGGUUUACCAGCUCUUUACUCAAAAAGUGCUGCGCAGAUCGGAGGAAAUUGAGCACGAGCACGAGCACCAACAGCACCAGCAGGACGGCGGAAGAUGCUUGACGCCUAGCACGCGCGAGACGUGCGAAGAGGAGCGCAAGAGGAUUCUGGGAGUGUUGAGGAAUAGGUGGAUGAACGUCAAGCUCUCGAAUGUGCAUCCCGCAGGUGGAUUUGGUUUGCUUGAUGACUGGGCACUCGAUGAGCUGAGCAUAGAACUAGACUUGCCAGUUAGUGAUCUACUUGAACAAACCUCUCAAACACCCCAAAUGAAUGCAGCCCAAAAACCUAAGGCACCCCCCCACACACCCUCACCCUCCCCACCAAAAACAACUCGCAGGGUGGUGAGGAAACCGGUCAACGCAGGACGUAAAGAUGACAGUGAUGGGUUGAGAGCGAGUGUAUUGCGCAGUGCAGCAGGUACGAUUCGCAAUGCGGCUGGUGGUGGUAGUAGCAAGAAUAUUAUCACACCCACUCACACGCACACACGUACGACGUCCACUCCAUUUCGUACUGCUUCAGUCAGCGCCAGUCCUUCUAGAGAUGCUGUAUCGCGCGAGAUGCCUCCUCGUCGCGCCGGUAGCCUAAGCGCGAGCACGUCUACACCAAACGGUACAUCGACAGCGAGUGCGAUGCGCAAUUCAUCCCCUCGCACUACGCCAACCACGCAAACCAGGCAAAGCAGUCAAAAUACUCCUAGCAAAUACCCCGGAAGACGUCCCGUAGCGUAUAGUUCAGCCUCAUCUUCAACAUCAAACUCACACUCACACUCACCAUCAACACCGCCUUCAGUACGCUCCGGCUUCGGCGCCAAACCAAGCCGCACGUCCUCUUCUACUACCCAACCGAAAAGCCCAGAAGAUAUCCACAGACGGAGCCAGAGCGUCCAAAGCGUGCAGAAUCAAAGUACUCGCGAUGGAAGAAAUAGCUCACACAUACCCAAACUCAUGCGCAAUCACUCCCUUUCGAGUGGUGUGAGUGGCGCAGGCAGUAUCGGAAGCAGUAGUCGUGAUGAGCAGAAUCAGAAGCACAGACAAAGAAAUAGCACCGGUAUGGGUACCGGCACGCGUACUGAACCUGACACCAGUCUACUCACCCCACCUGCCAAUAGACGGAUGAGCACUCCUUCUCCCAGUCUUAUCCCUACACAUGCGAUAAGCGUGCGUAAAUCUUCGACACCGAAAAGCAACAAAGAAAAACUAGAGAAGAAAGGGGGUACCAUGACGAAUAACGCUGAUGGCCCCCAUCGCCGCCCCCGCCCUCAGUCGCAACCGGUGAGUAGUGUAAGGUCUUUAGCCGCCAAGUUUGAGGGAGGCAGUAAAAAUGACGCGAGGACUAUGUCUGCUGCCUUGCCUCAGAGAGAGGGCAAGGAGAUGGAAGAGGAGGAAGACAAGGAAGAAUUACAAGGAAUAGACCAACUUCCCUCCGAGCAGCAAGACGAAGGAAAGGAAAAUGAGCAAAUAGGUGACAUUCAAACACCCCAGAAAAAGUCACGUCGUCCGCACUCCACCUCACUUAGUGAGAUGGAAGAGAUCGUAGAAGAUGUCAACUCUACACCGCGUGCAACACUAUCCAAUAGUGACAAAAGCUCUCCGAAAUCGACACAAAGAUGGAGUAACCUCAACAGUCUCAAAAGUCUGAGCUUUGUGGGAGGCAUAGAAACAGACGACGACGACAAUGAAAGUGUUCCGUCGCGUAUUCCUUCAUUAUCGCUCACUGAACGCUCACUUCCGACUCGGAUGAGUAUGGCUUCACUUGUCGAACACCCCGACAUGCCAUCACCGACUAGUGAAACAAAAAGAUCUCCAACAAUUAGCACACAGAGAUCUUCAUCGAACAGCACACAAAAGUCACCGUCGAAAAGCACACAAGCACCCACUAUUCCACCGCCAAGGAGAGUCGUUGAACCUAACGGCGUCGCUCUGAGUAUUGGUAUACCCUGCAUUGUUGCUUGUAAACCAAAACGCAGAGGUAAAUCAAGCUCUUUUGUUAGAUUUAGAGCGUUAGUCAGAUACUUGGGUACACUGGCUAAUGAAUUAGGUCCCUGGGUCGGCGUCGAGAUUCCUUCCGAGGAGAUUACCCAAGAGAAGCUGAAUUCGGUGUCUGGAUGGAACGAUGGGAUACUUCAAGAUAGGCGCUAUUUUGAUAUCAAAGGAGAGAAGUGGAAUGCAAUGGAGCCACGCCCAAGCCUCAACUUACAAAGUCGCAUUGACAAGAGGAGUGAUGGCAAUGGCAGCGGCAAUGGUCUUAGAAAGUCUUCUGGCUUGUCUGCUUUCUCCGAACCACCCGUUCAAGAAACACCAAACCAGUCUCACAAAGCGUUAUUCGUGAGGCCUGCGAAUGUUGUCUGGGUAGUCAAUACUUGA